AUGCAGGUUAAUCGUUCUGCUUUCUCCACCUGCUGCAGCAACUCCUUCACGCCAAGCAGCAGCAGCAGCAUCAGUAGCAGCAGCAGCAGCAGCAACAGCACCACCAACAGCAGCAGCAGCAGCAGCAGCAGCAGCAGCAGCAGCACCUGCGCAGACGUAGACGUGAAAGUCAGAGAAGCCCUCCGCCUGCUCCGCUAUGUAUGUAUCCCACAGCCGAAUCACGCAGCUCAACGGGAACUCCCUGCAGCAGCAGCAGCAGCAGCAGCAGCAGCAGCAAGAGCAGCAGAUGUGUUAGCAGCAGCAGCAGCAGCAGCAGCAAGAGCAGCAGAUGUGUUGGCAGCAGCAGCAGCAGCAGCAGCAGCAAGAGCAGCAGCAGUAGCAAGAGCAGCAGAUGUGUUUGCAGCAGCAGCAGCAGCAGCAGCAGGAUUUAUUUGA